AUGGAGUUGUUGGGAAGAAGAACCCAAGUGAUUACAUUAUUCCUAGUACUUGUUGUGGUGGGGUUACUAAGAGGAGCAGAGAGCAGAAAAACCAUGAAAUUAGAAUCACUUGAGUACACUGCUAUAAGCUGCAGAGCUCACAGUGCCUCGCUGACUGAAUUUGGAGGAGUUGGAGAUGGAAAGACAUCAAACACAAAGGCUUUCCGGGCUGCAAUCAGUCAGCUGAGCCAAUAUGCAAGUGAAGGAGGUGCUCAGCUCUUUGUUCCAGCUGGGAAAUGGUUGACAGGAAGCUUCAACCUCAUCAGCCACUUCACUCUCUAUCUCCACAAGGAUGCUGUUCUCCUAGCUUCUCAGGAUGUGAACGAAUGGCCUGUGCUCAAACCCCUGCCAUCUUAUGGUCGAGGAAGGGAUGCAGCAGCUGGAAGGUUCAGCAGUCUCAUAUUUGGAACAAAUCUCACUGAUGUCAUUGUUACAGGAGACAAUGGCACAAUUGAUGGCCAAGGUGAAUUCUGGUGGCAGCAGUUCCACAAGAAGAAGCUAAAAUACACCCGACCUUACCUGAUUGAGAUCAUGUUCUCAACCGAUAUCCAAAUUUCAAAUCUAACUCUCCUAGACUCUCCAUCAUGGAAUGUUCAUCCUGUUUACAGCAGUAAUAUUCUUGUGCAAGGGAUUACGAUCAUCGCUCCAAUUACAUCUCCAAACACAGAUGGGAUCAACCCAGAUUCUUGCACCAAUACUAGAAUUGAAGACUGCUACAUAGUCUCUGGGGAUGACUGUGUGGCUGUGAAGAGCGGCUGGGAUGAGUAUGGUAUAGCAUUUGGACGGCCUACAAAACAACUAGUAAUCAGACGGCUCACAUGCAUUUCACCCUAUAGCGCCACCAUUGCAUUAGGCAGUGAAAUGUCCGGCGGGAUCCAAGAUGUCAGAGCCGAAGACAUCGUGGCCAUCCAUACCGAAUCGGGGAUCAGGAUCAAGACAGCUGUAGGGAGAGGAGGGUACGUGAAGGACAUAUAUGUGAGGAGAAUGACCAUGCACACCAUGAAAUGGGUAUUUAAAAUGAAUGGGGAUUAUGGGUCACACGCUGAUGGCAAGUACGAUAAAAAUGCAAUCCCUGAGAUCAAAGGGAUCAACUAUAGGGACAUGGUGGCUGACAAUGUAACCAUAGCUGCAAGAUUGGAAGGCAUUGCAGAUCACCCCUUCACAGGGAUUUGCAUUUCGAAUGUGACCAUUGGAUUGGCGGCAAAGGCAAAGAAGCAGCCGUGGACAUGCACCAACAUUGAGGGGAUUACAAGUGGCGUGACGCCUAGCCCUUGUGACCUGCUGCCUGAUCAGGGUCAUGACAAAGCUACAGCUUGUGAAUUUCCUGCAGAUGAUCUACCAAUUGACUUGGUAGAGUUAAAGCAGUGUACAUAUAGGAUGAGCUAUCUAUAA